GUGUCACUUUCGUGCCCAUAUACAUCGCGAUGACGGGAUAAACUGCCGAAUUUAUUUACGUAAACAACUUCUAUAGGACGAUAAAAAAAAUUAGAAUGGUCUAUUACAUAGUUCACUUGUGAAAAUUAUGUGUUUUAGUGAUGUGUGAAAUACGAAGUGUCGGUAAUCACUAAUCGGUAGUGUCAAGUAUGGUCGCGAGUGCAAUUAUCAUAGGAAACAAACGUGCAUGGAACCAGUUCAAGUACCACUGGGUGCUUUUGCUUCUUCUGUUCACAUUUCAUGUGAUAAAAGCCCAAAGUCGGGCCCCGCGGAUCAAGGAGCACCCAGCUGAUACUAUAGUAGGAAGAAGCGACCCCGCCACGCUGAGAUGCGUAGCUGAAGGCAAGCCAAAACCCACCAUCCAGUGGUAUAAAGACGGUCUCCCCCUUGCGCCAACCGACCACCCACACAGGGUGUUGCUAGAAGAUGGACUGUUAUUUCUUAGGGUUAUGCGAAGUAAGAAGGAGAGCGACGAGGGCGUGUACUGGUGCGUCGCUCGUAACACGGUCGGGGAAGCGGUUAGCAAGAAUGCCACCCUCACCAUUUCAGUUUUGCGGGACGAUUUUCGAAAUGAGCCUAGGGAUAUAAGAGUAGCUAGUGGUGAACCAGCUUUUCUUGAAUGUUCGUCUCCAAGAGGAGUUCCUGAUCCUUCAGUACAUUGGACAAAAGAUGGGCACACUUUAGACGUCGAAGUUAAUGGAAGGAUUACAAUAAUAGACGGUGGUAAUUUGAAGAUUGUAGAAAGUCUACCGUCAGACAGUGGUGUGUAUAGAUGUGUGGCAUCUAACGUGGCUGGGGAAAGACAAUCGCGUCCUGCAACGUUACUCGUAUUACGCAGACCGCAUUUUCUAGUGAAACCCAAUAACAUAACGGCGCUAAUAGGACAGAACAUCGAGUUUCAUUGCCAGGCAUCACCAGAGACUGACGUAUCCGUGACAUGGUCACGUGAUAAAGGGUCAUUAUCACCGUAUGCAAUAAUACGUCGAGGGUCGCUAAGAAUAGAUAGGGUUGUGGAAUCUGACGGCGGGACUUAUACAUGUAGAGCUGAAAGCCAGGCUGGAUUUAGCGUUGCCAGUGCCUCACUGACAGUACAUUCCUUACCACAUUUCACUCGAGUUCCUUCCGAUCAGACAGCAUGGGAAGGUGAAUCAGUCUCAUUUCAAUGUGAAGCAGAUGGCACACCAAAGCCGAUUGUAUUUUGGACGAUGGAAGGUUUUCAGGAACUAGUCUUUCCAAAUUCGGUCCAUGGGACAGGGUCUCUUUAUUUGGAUCGAGUGCUUACUCAACAUGCUGGUAGACUGACUUGUGUAGCUGUAAGUGCAGCAGGAAGUGCUUUACACACGGCAACUUUGCAGGUCUUAAGAAGAGAAGCUAACUCAUUUAAUGGACAUUCUGAAUCAUCAUCUCCCUAUCCAGAGUAUGGAGAUAAACCACAAAACCAUCCUCCAAUGACACAAUAUGAGCUUGUUCAGGCUCGUCGAUAUCUUCAACAAGAUGUUUUAGCUUUGAGAAGGGUAGAAGGAGUGUCUUCUACAACUUUGAAAAUUGUUUGGGAUGUGUUAACAGAUUAUAAUGAAUACCUAGAAGGUGUAAAAAUUUGGUUUAAUGGUACCUCUUUGAAUCGGCAACACGCUAUAGAGUUCCAAAAUAUACAUCAGACAAAUAAUUCUUUAGAAAGUUUUAUCGAAUUAACAAAAUAUGAUAAUUUUACAAUGACGACAGUUCAUAACAGUGGUUCAUCGAGCCAUGUAUUGACAGGGUUAAUGCCAUAUGCUAAAUAUAAUAUAUUUUUGAUGCCAUUUUACAAAUUGCUACUUGGCAAACCGUCCAAUAUGAAAAGUGGUCUCACUGAAGAAGACAUUCCAACCGCAGCUCCACAAAAUGUUUCGGCAGGGGUUAUUAACGCUACAGCAGCUUGGAUACGUUGGGAGCCACCACCUAUUCAUACAUGGAAUGGUGAACUUGCCGGUUACUUAAUUGAGGUGCGCGUAGGUGGGACCAGUAACGGUCGGGUGGUGGGUCAGAUGUCACUAGGUGCACGUACCCGAGCAGCAGCAGCUAGUUCUCUCAGAGCUGGUGGAAAAUACAGCGCACGCGCAGCUGCCGUCACGCGACGUGGUCAUGGACCCUUCAGUACACCUACUCAAAUACACAUGCUGCCAACGCAUUCGCAGAGACACUACGUACAGACGGAACCUGCGACUGAUAAAGCAAUAUUGUCAAUGUUCCAAGAAACUUGGCUCCUAGUGCUAACUUUGUUUCUAUUAGCAAUUAUAGUGGUAGGGGCAGUUGUUAUUGUUUACUUACGACGAAGGCAGACUAAACAGCGAAAGAGUCACAAUACUGCUAGUACUCCAAUAACUAAUACUCAAUGUUUGUUGGGUAAAGAAGCUGUAUGGCUUCGCGAAAGACCCUUGUAUGAAGGAUCAAAUGAACCAAGAAUAGAAAUAUUAAACUGUCAUCAAAGUUUACUGCACAGUGGUCAUACUAUAGGUACUAUGGCUAUGGAAGCCGAAUAUAGUCUUCCACAACACACAAGUGCGGUUAAUAUGAUGUCUCACGAAGAUAACAGACGGCACCCCCCGGAACCUUAUGCAUCUAGCGCAAUUUAUACUGAAUUAAACUAUCAGUUGCAGGAUCAUACAGAUGCAGAAGAUUGUUGUAUAAAAUGUGCAGUUAGUCCAGAAUCAUACGAUAAUAGUAUGGUGAGAUCAUUUGCAGAUAGUAAUCAAUAUUCCAAUGAAGAAUGCUCCACGUGUUGUCGGAGUAGUAGUUCAACUUUGACAAAAGAUUACAGUGAAAUGACAAAGUGUGGGAAUGACGGUGAUGAUAUUCAAGAGUUAUCAAUGGAUGAAUGCCCAUCAUGUAAAACCACUCAGUCUCGAUCAUCUAGUCACCAUGGUGGGAAUAAAGAGUGGACAGCAAUUGCUGAUGUAGAGUAUGAUUAUCCUCAAUGGCAAUGGCUGGGUAGAGAAAAUAGUUUUAGACAAAUUGCUCAAGAGUCAAAACAUUCCAGUCAAGGGAGAGGUAGUGAACAAAAUUGUAGAAUGAAUUUAUGUGAUAUACUUCCACCGCCGCCAUAUGAGAGAGAAUCACCGUACAGGGAUAUGCAUGCGUUUACCACAAAUUCUGGCGCAUCAGGAUGUUCGGGUCAUACUUACCGCAGUUAAUUUAAUAAAUUCUAAAAUAUCAUUAGAAACUAAUAAAAGCAAUACUAAGUUAAGGGGGAAUGUAUAUUAUAAACAAUGUAAAAAGGUUGUCAAAAUUAUGAGUAAGGGAUUUGGAGGAUUGUUACACCGCUUUUAAAUUUUAUUUUGCAUAAGUAUAAAGGAUGUCAUUAUAAUUAUGAAAAUUAUGUGUAUUGGAGAAAAACGUACAAUUGUUAAUAUUUUUUAAUUGCUAAAACGUAAUAAUUAUACCUACUUAUUAUACAUACAGUCUUUUAAACGAAAAGCGGUGUUGAAGAUGGUACUCUUAGGGGUUGUAGCUUCGUGGAUGUGUUUACGUAUAGACUGCCAUAUAACGUAAUGUAGUCAUUAUUUAGUUUAUCUUUCUCUAGUGACUGUGAUAUAGUAUAAUUUUGAUUGAUUUUAAUUUUGUAUAUAAUUCAAAAUGUUUGAUAUCCUUAUACAAUUUUACCCUUAUUCUAUUUAUUGUGUGUAGUUUAACGAAUUAUUAAAAACGGACUUAAAUCUUUACUGUUAUCAAGUAUCACAUUUGUAGAAUUUUGUACAUCCCGGAUAUCUAGAUUAAAAAAAUCUGUUUGUAUAUUUUGAUGA